AAUGUUCCUGAAAUGAAAAAUCGAAAAUGGUUCAAUGCGCUGUGAGCGGGUGUAUAAAUUAUGAAAAUGACAUUAUCGGGCCAAAAAAGAGAUUCUUUCGCGCUCCGAAAAACCGAGAAUUAUGUUCUUUGUGGAUAAAUGUUUUAUCAAAUCAUUCAUGGUGUUAAAUAUAAUCAACUAUAUUAUCAACGCACAAACUUACAAAGCACGAAAAAUAAAAAAUAAGAACACAUUGUUUACUUCAACGACUCAGAUGACGUCACUAAAAAAUGACUGAUCCGGAGUAGCUAGCCUUGUCUCUGUAAGCCGUGUAUUUCACUGUAUUGAAACGUCUCAGAUUGAACCAGCUGUUCAGUAUAACAUUAUACUAUACAUUAUUGCAUCCCCAUCACAAUUCACUGCAAUAUAUUAUAUUCACAACAUUAAGGAUUCAUACAGAUAUGAUCGAAUGUUCCGAACUACCAAUUCGUGAAAUCAAACGUGCGGAAUUGCAAUGGGAACGUCGACUUCAUCGGAAAACCGGCACCGAUAUCAACCGGGCAGGCCUCGGACAGAUGCUGCAAGAGGUGCGCGAAGUUGAGAACAUCUCCAGCCAGGACAUAAAAGGACUAGCCUCGAGAAUCAAGCGAAGGAAACAUGCCGAUGCAAAUGAUUUGAUUAAACUCAGCUACGGAUUUCAGCAGAGUGCUGAAAAUAUUUCCGAGUUCGUACGCAUCACAGGUGCGAUUAAUGUGAUAGUUAAAGAAUUCACCGGUAACGAUUCAGACCUGCAGCAGCUAGCCGGAGAGUGCCUGUGCAACUUGACGCUCGGCGAAGAGGUUUGCUGCGAAAGAGUGGUCACUUUUGCCGGGACGUAUCUGAUUACUUUCUUGGAGAAUUUGAACAAUAGGGUAUUGAAUAAUAUUUGUAUAUGGACACUACAAAAUAUUAUUGCAUCUGGGCCAAAAGCAAUGAAAGCUAUACACUCGAAGGGAAUUGUUGCGAGUUUGCAACGUUUAUUGGCGGAAGCUCCAGAUAGCGAACUACUGGAUGAGGUUUUGCUUACGCUUGAAUUGAUGCUUGAUUAUGAAGAUUCCUGUUUGAGCAAAGCGUUUAUCCUCACCCGCAUGUUGCCUGAAGUAUUAACAAAACCCUGCCGACUGAAUGGUUUAAAACUGCUGUACAAAUGUCUGAAACUGACAAAUUUCGAAACGCUGGACAAUCACAUCGCGCAACUUGUUGUCGAUCGCUGCGUAGAGAACCUGGUACCGGUGGCAGAAAAGAAGGAUCCGUCUAGUUAUCACGUAACAAUCAUUCUUUGUGUGCGGAUUUUAGCUAAUCUAAUUGCCUUGAGUGAGAGUUGCCUGGAGAAGCUGAUAAAUGAAUGUGUCAACGGUAGGAUAUCCUUCUGUGAUCUGUUCCAAUUCUGCUCGAAUGAUGGCCAGGACAGGGUAUGCCGGGAAAUGCUUUGGCUAUUCGGGAAUAUAUAUAAAUCAGCGAGUAAGCAACAAAUGAAUCGAUUUUUGGAACAUGACAAUUUUACUAAGAACCUAGCGGUGCCACGUGUAUUACUAUUGGAUUAGGAAUAUGUUAUGCAAUGUUGUAAUUGCGCCUGAAAGAAAUGAACUAAAUACAAGAAAUAAAUUGUAUAGAAUUGUACCGCGAAGCUCCCUUAUACCAGCCAGCAUAAUUCCGCUCACUUGACAUAAAAUACUGUUUUUCUCACCCGCUAUCUUAUUUAUUCUGAUAAAUUAUAUUUGUGUAUACUAGCAAAACUAUUACUAUUCGAAAAAUUGGCAACCAAGUACUAUUGGUCACGCUUUACUUUUCAAAUUUCAGCCAAUAUCGUUCGUCGCACUGUCUUUCGCCAAAUUUUGUUAUUUUCCUUAGCAAAGUAGCUAACAGCGUUGUGCAAUGUUGUUAUCAAUCUACAAAGUGUAAACGGUUUCCGAAAGCAAUAAGAACUGAACGAUACAGAUCUCUUUUGCUAUAUUCCGAUAAAUAAAACAAACGGCGGUCAGCAGCGCACACAAUAGGAUAGAUCGAAAAAAAGCAGGCGCUGUGGAAAUGGUGAGAACCGGAUUUCCUGUUCGAAAUGCGGCCAAAUUGCACAGAAGUCCGUAUCCAACACGGCACGUGAAGGUCUUGGGAAAAUAUCCCAGACCACGUCUAGAAAAAGCAACCGUUCUGAGAAA